AUGUCAUCUUCGUCGGAAUCGCUUGAAGUGGACAAAAUGUCGACCAAAGACGCUCUUCGUCUUUGUCGUGAAACUGAAGAUAUAAAGACAAUUGUAGCGUUAACAGCUCAUACUGACCCUGCUGUACGACAACGAGCAUUGAAGGAGAUCUGUCCGUGCCGUGUCAAAGAAGAUAUCGAUCAAUUUUGGGAACGCGUUCUCCAAAUGAUCAAUGAUCCAGCAGAUAACGUUCGAGAACAAGUAUUGCAUACACUCUGUGAUGGUUCGCCUGAUCACAUGGAACUGAAAGUCUUAGAUGCACUCGAAAUAUUCAAUCGAGAUCGAAAUCAAUAUAUUCGACGACGAGCACAUAAAGUUCUUUCAUCUUACCGACGAUCGGGCAAGUGGAACGUUCUCUAA